CUACUUUCUAGGCGUAGCGCUGCCAUCUUUACGCGCUGCGCAAGUCUGCUGUCCACAUUCCCCCGUGGUCACCGGGACGAGCGCUUUAACGACCUCAUCCUCCCGCAGUCUGAGCCGGCUAUCAUAGCGCAGGGCUGCGCGUAUGCAUACUCGUGUGGCCUCGACGCCGGAGUCCCACGCCCACUUCUGGAUCUGUUCGAACUCGCGGCAAUCAAACUCGAUCCGGGGUGGUACGCCGAGCAUGCAGGCAUUUCUGCGGAUGAGCUUCUGAUGAGAGAGAACAAGGCUGUCAAGGCCGCGCUUCCUCAUCUCAAAUUGUAUGGUGACGAGAUGAAUGUGCGCAAAUGGGUCAAUGCGCCAAUCAUCAGUGAUUCCGCAUGGGAGGGCUGGUUCAGCCAACUCAUAGCACUUCAGUCG